UCUUAAAUGGAAAACUCUAUUCGAUAUACAAUAUAAGAAAUACAAAGAAUUGUAUGAACAAAUAGAUACAAAAAUCUCUACUUAUGAUCAUGUUGAAAAUUUUGUACAAAAGUUGAAAAAAUAUAAAAGUGAAUGUUCUGUUGAUAGCGUUUCUGAAUAUCUUCAUGAAACAAGUAAGUGUUUGAAUUAUAAAUUUAAUGAAAAUGAUGGUUCUUUUAAUAAACGAUCAUAUGCUUUCGAAGAAACACCAAACAGUUAUAAAGAAGCUUGCAGUUGUACAUUACCUUCUAAGAAUCCAUUGGAUAAUUGUCCUACCGAUCAAAACAAAGAUGAAUGUAAGGAAUUACAAACUUUUACCUUCUGCUCGAAGAAUGAUUAUGAUAAUAAUCUUGAGAAUUGGAACGCAUACCUUGUUCUUAAUAGUUCAGAUGAUAAUAAAGGUGUAUUGAUUCCUCCAAGAAGAAGACAUUUAUGUACAAGACCUAUCACUGCAUAUAAUUAUAGAAAAGGUGAUAAAGAAAUUUUAAAAAAAAAUCUUCUUACUUCUGCUUUCAGUCAAGGACAAUUGUUAGGUCAAAAAUAUAAAUCGGAAAAAAAGUUGUGCUUAGAGGCAAUGAAAUAUAGUUAUGCAGAUUAUUCCGAUAUAAUUAAAGGAACUGAUAUGAUGGACACUUCAUUAUCUGAAAAAAUUAAAAAAAUAUUUGAAACAUCAAAUGAAGCAACCGAAGAUCGUAAAACAUGGUGGGAAAAUAAUAGAACUCAUGUAUGGCACGCUAUGUUAUGUGGAUAUCAAAAAGGAAACAAAGAUGGAAGUGUAGAACAAACUUGGUGUACUGUACCUACUGAAGAUGGAACUGAGCAAUUCUUAAGAUGGUUAAUUGAAUGGGCAAUGCAAGCAUGUAAGGAAAAGAAACAUGUAUGGGAUUCAUUAAAAACAAAAUAUCGUUGUUCAAACGAAGAUAAUUUUGAUGCGUCACAAUUAUUAAGACAACCUGGAUGUCAGAAUGGUAUUAGAAAAUAUAUUAGCUUGAAUAUAUUGAUAAAAAAUUCAAUGGAAAAACUAAAUAUAAAAUAUAAACAAUUAAAAGAUCAAUCUUCAGGUAAUAUAGACAAUAAACCAUCUGAAGAAAAUGUUCAGUCAUAUAUAAAAUCAAAAUAUUCUGAAUGCGGUUUGGAGUUAAAUGAUAUAAAUGAAAUAGGUACAGGAAGAAAAAAUAAUGAAAAUAAUGAAUUGAAAGAAGUACUAAAAAAAUUAUAUCCUGGUUUAUAUUUAGUUGAAGAUGAAACACAAAAAAAUCAUGUAGUACAUCCAAAUAAAAAAGAAGAAGCGCAAAGAGUUCUUCCUAAAGAACUCUAUUUCUUUUCACCCUAUAUGGGUUUUUUACAUCCAGGAUAUUUAAACACAACACACCCAGUAGCACACUAUGAUCCUAAAAAUGAUAAAAUGAAAAGUACUAUCUAUGUUGGUAUUGUAUUGGCGUUAGGUUUGAUAGCGGUUCUUUUCAUGAAGAUAAAAUCCAAAUCGUCUGUGGACUUGUUGCGUAUACUGAAUAUCCCGAACGAAGAUCAUGGAAUGCCUACAUUGAAAUCCAAAAAUAGGUACAUACCAUAUAGAAGUGAUUCAUAUAAUGGAAAAACAUAUAUAUAUAUGGAAGGUGAUAGUGCAGAUGAAGAUAAAUAUAUGUUUCUGUCUGAUACUACUGAUAUAACUUCUUCCGAAAGUGAGUAUGAAGAAUUUGAUAUUAAUGAUAUAUAUGUACCAGGUAGUCCUAAAUAUAAAACAUUGAUAGAAGUAGUACUAGAACCAUCAAAAAGGGAUAUACCGAGUAGUGAUACACCACGUACGAAUAGAUUUAUUGAUGAUGAAUGGAAUGAACUGAAACAUGAUUUUAUAUCUGAAUAUUUACCAAAUACAGAACCAAAUAAUAAUUAUAGAAGUGGAGAUAUUCCAAUGAAUACACAACCUAAUACUUUAUAUUUUGAUAAUCCUAAAGAAAAACCUUUUAUUAUAUCUAUUCAUGAUAGGGAUUUAUAUACUGGGGAAGAAAUUAGUUAUAAUAUUAAUAUGAGUACUAAUACUAAUAAUGAUAUUCCAAUGAAUGCUAGAAAUGAUUCUUAUAGCGGUAUAGAUUUAAUUAAUGAUUCACUAAGUGGUGGUAAACCUAUUGAUAUAUAUGAUGAAGUAUUGAAAAGAAAAGAAAAUGAAUUAUUUGGAACAAAACAUCCAAAACGUACAUCAAACAACAGUGUCAUUAAAUGAACAAAUAGUGAUCCUGUAAUGAACCAAAUAGAUUUGUUCCAUACAUGAUUUAAUAGACAUAGAGAUAUGUGCGAAAAAUGGAGUAACAAGGAGGAUAUUUUGAACAAAUUGAAUGAAGAAUGGGAAAAAGAUAAUAAUACUGGUGAUAUACCUAAUGAUAAUCAUAUGUUGAAUACUAAUCUUUCGAUCGAAAUUGAUAUGGAUGAUCCUAAACCAAAACAUGAAUAUACAAAUAUGGAUACAUACCCUGAUAAUUCUACCAUGGAUCAUAUCUUGAAUGAUAUGGAAGAUGAUAUAUAUUAUG